GAUGCAAGAAAAAUGCUUUUCCGGCUUGGCCUCUCCUUCUUUCUCUUCGGGCUCAUAAACAAUGUGCUCUACGUUAUCAUCCUCUCCGCCGCACUCGACCUUGUGCCCCCCUCCACCCCGAAGGGCAUCAUCGCCUUCUGCAACAUCACGCCCUCCCUCAUUGCCAAGUUUGGCUGGCCGUACAUCCUCAAGGGUCGGAUCCGCUACGGGCGGCGACUGGUGGUGUGCAGCGCGAUGACAGUGUCCGGCGUGAUUGUCGUCGCCGCCUUCGAAAGCCUGUACAUGCGCCUCCUCGGCAUCACCUUUGCGUCCUUCUCCUCCGGCCUCGGCGAGCUCACCUUCCUCCAGCUCUCCACACGAUACCGCCCGCCCUCCAUCGCAGGCCACAGCGUCGGGUAUUUCGCCUCGGGCACCGGCGCGGCGGGACUUGUCGGCGCGCUGCUCUGGUGGGAGCUACGCGCCCUCGGCGUGCGCACGGGCGUUGGCCUGUCCUCGAUGCUCCCUCUGGUCAUCCCUGCGACGUACUUCCUCCUCCUCCCGCGCCCCGCCGCGUUCAACGAGGCCGACAUCCCAUCGGUCGGCGACGAGGCCGCCGUGCCAGCCGUCCCGUACAUCGCGCUCCCGACCGGCGACGGUGAGGAGGCGGAGGCCGACGAGCCCUUGCAUGCGCUGCCAGAAGCGGGCGACACGAAGAACGGCGUUGCGCUCUCGGCGGGCGACAAGUGGCGCCUGGUGAAGCCGCUGCUGCCGAAGUACAUGCUGCCCUUGUUCUGCGUGUAUCUGUUCGAGUACACGAUUAACCAGGGCAUCGCACCGACCCUCAUAUAUCCCGUACCCUCGCCAGAUGAGCAUUGGCUCAUGAGCAAGAUCAUCCACUCGAUCCGCGACUACUACCCUCUCUGGCAGCUCGUCUACCAAACGACCGUCUUCCUCUCGCGCUCGACCAUCUCGCUCGGGCUGCCCGCGCUCCCCGCGCGCCUCCUUCCGUUGCCCGCACUCGUCCAGGCGGCCGUGCUCGGCACGCUCGCGCUGGAGUCCGCGGCGGGGAUACUCGGCGGCGCGCGCGAGGGCGCGAGCUUUGCGCUCGUGUUCGCGCUCAUUGCCGUGGAGGGCAUAUGCGGCGGGCUCGCGUACGUCAACGUGUAUCACCGCGUGAACCAGGAGCAGGCGUCGCUCGGGGUGGACGCGGAGCGCGCGAAGCAGGAGCGCGAGUUCAAGAUCGGCGCGGUCGGGCUGGCGGACGGCACGGGCAUCCUGCUCGCGUCGCUCGUGUCGAUGCCGACCGAGGUGGGCCUGUGUCGGGCACAGGUGGCAAGGGGGAAGACGUUCUGUCAGAGCCUUUGA